AUGAGUCAACCGCUGCAAAGGAUCGCUCAUAAGGUCCACAAAAUCUUUAUUCCUUCUUUACACGAUGAAACUCGUUUAGAAGCUCGAGUUGGGGUAAACUAUGUCGACGAUCAGAAGUCCGUUAAAGCCAUUAUUAUCGCACAUCCAUACGGGCCUUUAGGCGGAAAUUUUUAUAAUAAUGUCGUCGUCACAGUCGAGCAAUAUUUCCAAGAUAAAGGAUACUUGACGAUUGCGUUUAAUUUCAGAGGUUGCGGAAAGUCUAAAGGUCGAACAAGUUGGUCCGGUGAACCAGAAUGUGAAGAUUACAAAACAAUGCUAGAAUUUUUAUCGAAAUCUGGUAGAAUUGGUGAAAAUUCCAUAUUACAGAUUCCCAAAAUUUCUGAUGUUACAAUAAUAGGUUAUAGUUAUGGUUCACUAAUAGCAUCGUCCCUUGCUUCAUCAUCUUCCCAAUUUACACUUCCAACCUCAUAUGUCUUAAUAAAUUAUCCACUUUCUGUGAUUUGGUUCUUGACAUUUUUUCGGUCUUCAACAUAUUUGAAUUAUUUACAAACUCUCCUUGCUUCAACUUCCCAUGUACUAUUUAUAUAUGGGGACUCGGAUCAAUUUACUGGAGUAAGCAAAUACAAGCAAUGGGUUGAAGACAAUAAAGCUGUGGAAAAUCCAUUGUGGUCUGUUAUAGAAUUAAAAGGAACCGAUCAUUUUUAUACUUUUCAGAAUAUGGAAGAUAAGUUGAUCAAAGCUUUGGAUGAAUGGAUAAAUAAUGUUUAG